GGAAAGUGGGCCACUCAGUAUAACGCCUGUCCUCUUCAUCUUUCGACAGGAGAAUUUUACAUUUGAGUUCACCGACGGGAUAAUAGUCGCAAUGGUCUAGACAAGUCCAAACAGAAAUCUAAGGGUGGGCGGCGCAAAAAUGGCGUUGUUGUCGAACCAUGGACACUGUUUCACUAUUCGGAAGCUUUUCAGCCACCUCCGAACAGGUGACAAUAUGAAAGCUCAAAGCCCGAUUAAUAUUGUUCCACAUGUCUGUCGAUUCGGAUACACCGAAGCAUCAUGAUCGAGAGCUGCUUGCAUGGCUUUAUGAUAAUUACAUAUCUUUUCUAUUUCAGUGACUAUACUCUACUUCGCGAAACCCAUCCGCUAUGUUUCGCACGGUCUACACGAGCGGCGACGAAGUUGAGAGACGGAUGUCUGUAUAUGAGCGACCACUGAAGUCAGGGCUGCGGAAAGACGACUGGACUGGGCCGCCAUUCAGUGCUAUCUAUGCAGGCGUGGCAGUCCGAUUCCACCUCCUGGCUGGGGCGACCCUUGCCCUUUCCGUGAGAGAUAGUUCGUACUCGCUGGACUAUGUGCAAUUUGAAUUCCCUAGCGCCAGCCGCCGGGAUGGUUGGACCGGGUUUAUGGAGUUCGUCUUAGGGAAGGUUAGAGAUUACCAGGAGGAGCACAGCCAAAAGCUCGUCGGCUUAGCCAUGUCAACAGAGCUGUCUGAACGGUGCCCUGAGCUCUGUUCGCGCCUCUGGGCUGAGCUAGAUAUUAUCCCGAUUGUGCUGCGCGAGUCGGAGGAGAAAGUAAGUUUUGGUUUAUAUGAGAACGACCUGCCGUAUAAGUCAUUGGACGAACACGCAGAAUCGAUCGCAAGGAAAUGUAUCAGAUUUUUCGGCCCCAGUCAAGCACCCGUCCCAGAGAUCGGUGUCCGAGGCCUUGUUGAGGUCGACGCCGCAUUCCAUGUAAGAUUGACCCAGCUUGCGGACUAUGAAAAAACCGUGGGAGUUCCUACGUGGAAGGCAAUUAAUAAAUAUGCCAACGACCUAAUGAAAAGAAGGGUAAAGAUCGCCUUCUUUAGUGCUACUCCGCAAGGUGGUGGCGUCGCUCUGAUGCGCCAUGCUAUGGUUCGUUUUGCAAAAGUACUCGGAGUGGACCUUAGGUGGUAUGUCCCAAAACCGAAACCCGGUAUCUUCCGAAUUACCAAGAACAACCACAAUAUCCUGCAAGGCGUCGCACCUCCUGGCACUCGAUUUACUCAAGAGGAUAGGGGUAUCCUUCAGGAGUGGGUCCUUGAAAAUGCAGAACGCUACUGGCUCAAGGGAAAAUCAUUCGCAUUUCCCCAGUGGUUUGAUAAUCUUCGCUACCGCGCAUAUCCAUUACUCCAGGAACAUGGACUGCCACCUCCGCCUUGGCAUCAAAGCAACGGCCCUUUAAUGCCACCUUGGGAGGGCGGUGCCGACGUUAUCGUAGUUGACGACCCACAGCUACCAUGGUUGAUCCCACUUAUCAAGGAACAAACUCCAGACCGACCGGUUAUUUUCCGUAGUCACAUUCAGAUCCGAAGUGACCUUGUUAACACGGCGGGCACUCCGCAAGCUGAGGCCUGGGGAUUCUUGUGGGAGGCAAUCAAGCAUGCAGAUCUCUUUAUCAGUCAUCCUGUAGGCGCCUUUGUCCCAGAAAAUGUGCCUCUAGAGAAACUUGGAUAUUUGCCAGCUUCAACUGACUGGCUAGACGGUCUGAAUAAGCCUAUGACAGACUGGAGCAGCAAUUACUAUGGGCGGAUCUUUAACUCGAAGUGCCGGGAGCGGUACAUGCCGCACAUUGCAUACCCGGAUGAGGACUAUAUUAUACAAGUUGCCCGAUUCGAUCCUUCAAAAGGGAUCGAAGACGUCCUCGUCUCGUACGAAGCGUUCCAUAGGCGUCUCGUCGGGGCACAUCCAGACAUCAAGCCUCCUAAGUUGCUUAUCUGCGGACACGGAUCCGUCGAUGAUCCGGACGGCUCGAUCGUCUAUGAAGCUGCCUUAGCUUUCGUCGAGCAUCACCUCGAGCAUAUUCGGUCACUGAUCUGCAUUAUGCGUGUCGGUCCCAAUGAUCAGGUGCUUAAUGCCCUUCUAACCAAGGCAAAGAUUGCCCUACAACUCUCCACCCGCGAAGGGUUUGAGGUCAAGGUAUCCGAGGCGCUACACAAGGGCAAACCGGUGAUCGCGACCCUAGCCGGCGGAAUCCCGCUGCAAGUUCAGCAUGGCAAGAACGGGUUUUUAGUUGAUGUCGGUGACACAGAAGCAGUGGCUAACCAUCUUUUUGAACUGUGGAUGGACCCGGAACUAUAUAAUCGCAUGAGCAGAUAUGCGGCGAGCAGCGUAAGCGACGAGGUUAGUACCGUGGGUAACAUGUUGUCGUGGCUUUACCUGGCAACGAAGUUAUCUAAAGGUGUGAGCAUUCGGCCAAACGGACGCUGGAUCAACGAUAUGGCUCGCGAGGAGGCGGAUGAGCCUUAUGCUUCAGGGGAGAACAGGAUUAAGCGGGUGUUGACGGCAACGCAGCAAAGUGAAAAACAUCCCGCCUAUCACAAAAGCUAGCCAGUUUUACUUUGUUUCUUUUCUAUUUUUUUCUUCCCUUUCUUCCAUGAGUUUGCGGAAGGUCAGAUGCCAUGUAAUCCCAGAAGAAAUGGAUUCGCUAGCAGUAACAAUCCAUGAUGCAUAACAUCAUAGCUAAGCGAGUGACGCCGACCUACCUUUUCAGUUCUCUUUUGUUGUCUACCGAUCAACA